GAAAAAUCAGAUUGCGACAGUCGAUAUUAAAACAUGCAGUGUGUGUGAGAGAGAGAGGGGGAGAAACAGAGAGGAAACCAAGAUCCAGGCCUUUCCACAGGGACAGCUAGAAAGAAAAGACACUUCACGGCAGUUAUCUUUCUCUCCCUCCUUCUGUCUCCCUCUCUCUCUCUCGGUGUCUCUGUCUCUCUCUUUCUCUCUCUCUCUCUCUCUCUCUCUCGCUCAUCAGCCCCGCGUCAAUUGAUUUGUGUAUGAACAGCUGGGCGCUUUUUCGCCCCCCUCUCUGCCUGUGUGUUCUGAAUGAUCAGCUGAUGAAGAGACUGAGUGCACGCUGCAAUGCUGGGUUGCUAAUUCUCUCGCCUGCAGACAAGCGGCAGCCUGGAGACCACAGCCAGUCUCAGGCUGUUCUAAAAGGAGCGUCUGAGGAUAUGGAGGAAGAAAGCAGUUUGAAGAAACGAAAAAGUGACCACCAGGGCAACCAGGCCUCUGAAACUGGGCAGGAGAUUGUUGAGAAAGUGAAAAAACGACGUGGUCGACCACCAGCUGAGAAACUCCCACCAAAUCCCCCAAAACUUACCAAGCAAAUGAACACUCUUGUUGACAUGGUCAUCAACUACAAAGACACGUUGGGUCGCCAGAUCAGCAAAGGUUUUGUUCAGCUGCCAUCUAGGAAAGAGGUACCAGAAUACUACGAGCUUAUUCGCAAACCUGUGGACUUUCGGAGGAUCAGGGAACGAGUACGUAACCACAAAUACAGGUGUAUUGCAGACCUGGAGAAAGACAUAAUACAGAUGUGCCACAAUGCUCAGACUUACAACCUGGAGGGAUCUCAGAUCUUUGAGGAUUCCAUUGUGCUGAAGUCGGUCUUUGAGAGUGCAAGGCAACGGAUAGUAGAAAUCAAUCAAGAGGACACCGAUGCUGUUGGAGCCAGCGAGGCAGUGUGUGCCAAGCAUUUAAACUUAGAUAUAAAAUCAGAACCAACAAAAGCAAAAUUUGACAAGAGUAGGGAGAGAAGCACUACUGUUCCUGCUAAUUCCAGUGCUAAAAUAAAGGGAAUUUACAGCGACGAAGACAGCACGGAAGACCAGGAGGACAACACAGGCUUGGAGGAUGGCUGAAUUACAUCUUCUGGAAAUGAGCUUCACGGCUUUCUGUCAUCUUGCUAACAUUGGAAAAUGAUAAGCUCAUCAAAUCACUUGCAUUUAUGUGAGUCGAUUCAGUGAUUUCAUUGUUCCCAAAUUUGUUCCAUGAUGUGAACAUUAAUGUACUGAGAUACUACUAAUGGCAUUAUGUUGUACUUAAGCAUAUACUUCAUUAACGACUUCAUUAAAUCCAUAGACUAAAUAGAUUCAUACAUAUUACCAGAAUGUUAAAUAACUAAGGAAAUGAGUAAACAAUAGUUCUGCCCAUUUUGCACUUUUGAAAGCAUGGUAACCUCAGUGUCAUUAUAGACAAAGGUUCAAAAGAUGAACUCCACUAAAGGCCAGUCUAGGGAAAUAUAUAACUCAGAUAAUCUUACUACACCAUUGACCUGUUGGAAUAUUCAUGGAGCACUAUGUUCACAAUACACCAAGCGCCAAGGGACAAACACAAGGUUGUGUUACAACAUUUCAUGCCAUGCCAUAAUGACUGACCUUGGAGCUCAGUGCAAUUGUCAUAGUCAUAGUGGUAAUGAUUUGCUAUAGUUUGCUUAAACAAAAUAAAAAUAUUCUGUUGUGUAUCUCCUGAACUCGAGCAUCUGCUGAUAAUCACCACUGGAAUAUAUGACAUAUACUGGUAUUAUCAGUAACAAUAAGAAACACUUGAGUAAAGUGUGCAUGUGAUCUCUGUCUCAUACGUUUGAUGUAAAUGACAAUUUUAUUGUCUCACAUCACCAGGAUAUGGGUUCUGACACAGCAAAAGUAAUACUGUGUUACAAAGUCAGAUUUUUCAGGCAAGCAAAUGUCUAAAAAGAGAAUGUUAACAAAAUUCAGCUUGGCCUAAAAGCACUCCUUAUGACAGCUAUCAAUGGUUGUACUUUAUAAAGUCUUUAUAAAUGUUUAUGUAGCUUCAUUCCAGUUGUCAUGAUAGGAUCAUGCAUGUAUCAUGUAACCCUGUAAAAUCUACAGUUUUUAACAGUCAGGGACACAACCUUUUUUCCACUUAACCACUGCCUAUUUUUCAUAGAUUUUGGGAACAUUUUAAUUAGAUACUUAAAUUAAAUUGGAAAUUUGUAUGAAAAAUAUCAUCACUCUCUAGCUUGUGAACAUCUUUGGGAACAACAUUGAAACCUGAACUCAUAUGUAAUCAAUUAAUGUCUUAACUAUAUGAUUAAUGAGCCCUGUGGUGUUUUUGGAGCAUGGUGCAUUUUGCUGGAAGGACAUUGCCCUCAAGAGAGGGUUCUCAUGAUAACACUGUCAAGAUGUGCGUGUAGUUUUGAGGGUUGAGAGAGAAAGAUGUCUUUAUAGGUAGAUUUUGAAAUAAAGUUUUUAAGGUUUUUAUGAUAUGAAAGUGCGAAGAGGUUUGAUUUGAAUCAUCGUAAUUGAUAAUAAACAUUUUUAUAAAUAGUC